GCGCACGCGAACAAACCGCUGCACCAGCGUUGCUCAGAAGCGCGUGCGACAGAGCGACGGUGCGCAGCACGAAGUAUGGCGUGGAGUGUGAGGUGGUGCUAGAACGAAGGAUACCCGUACGAAGGCAAGCAGCGAUAUGACACCGGCAAGUGAGUGGUGGCUCUUCGACACAUGGCACGUGCUGCUCUUGCUUGCCGGCUCGGCGGCCGCAUGCUGCGUCCUCCUGAUCGCCUGGAAGGUGGCGCAGAUGGUCCGCAUUGCGCGGAAGCGCCAGCUGCUCGCCAAACACGUCCAGGAAGGGUACGUCUUUCUCGGUGAGACCAACGUGGCUAUGGAGUACAGCUGCCUGGAGAACGACACGCGCCACUACCGGCUCCUGGAGGCUGCGCAAACGCUGUGAUAACGGACAGUACCGCUGCGCGCAUUGACUCACCCAAAUGACUGUCUCUCGCCGGCGCUGAACGCGCCCCGGCACAUUGCCGGCCAGACAGUGUCCAUACAGGGUAACCACAGCAAGAAAGGAAUCGUUGUUCGCCCUUAUGUUGACAGGGGUCUGAACUUGGAAGCGAGCAGUAGUUGACAGUGGCGCCUAAUCCAAAGUGUUACUGCCUCUGCCGCUGCAGCAGAUGAAAGACGCCUAUGCUAUAACCAUGCGCCCAAAAGAAGCCGCUGCGAUACUUUUCCUCUUGCAGCUCAUAAACGUUCGACUGAAGGAACUAUACGUGACUUACAUUUCAUGGUAUACCAAUGUCUGUUCAGAGUAAACGGAACAUGAUUCUCAUAUUUGUUCGCGUUCUAGCGUUAAGUGGAACUUACGAAUGAAUCAGCUGCGCAAAUAACACAGCACAGCCGGAAUCCAAAGGGAAGUGCAAGUGGUAGGCUCUGUAUAACAGAGCGAAGUGUUCUGCGCAAAUUCUGCGCUUAAACAUUAAAAAAAGUAUCGAGGGUUCCGUUUGCGCAGCCUUCUUCUUGCUGAAAUGUUUCGUGUGCUACUAACAGUUUAAGAUUUUGGAAGGGAUCAUCCAUUCUACAAGUUGGAAAAUGUUAGUCACGUUGCAACCGUUAGACAGAUUUGCGUUUGCGGGCGAAGCACUGUACGCGUCAUAAUCCUUGCGCUAUCGCUAGUCAGUGACGUUUGGCAACAGAAGCGCCUCUCGAUUACAUUUUUUCUCGGAAGUUUGCCUAGAGACAUAAUAAAUGUGUGGUUAUCGAUACACAAAGAUAUUUGUUCCGUGUAGGUAGUCCAAUAGAGAACAGUAGUAGCA